AUCAUUUUAACACAUGCCUAAAUUGUCCCCCCUUUUUUUCAACCUAUAAUCGGUUAAUCUCGCGAUACUAGAGACUCUCACGCACGUCGGAGAAGCUGAGUUGGAGGAUCAUGGCGGAGCGCAGGAGACACAAGAAGCGGAUCCAGGAGGUGAAUGAACCCACCAAGGAGGAGAAGGCCGUGGCCAAGUACCUCCGCUUUAACUGCCCCACAAAGUCCACAAACAUGAUGGGUCACCGAGUCGACUACUUCAUUGCCUCAAAGGCAGUGGACUGUCUGAUGGACUCCAAGUGGGCCAAGGCAAAGAAGGGAGAGGAGGCACUGUUCACCACCAGGGAGUCUGUGCUGGAUUACUGCAACAGACUUUUAAAGAAGCAGUUCUUCCACCGUGCUCUCAAAGUGAUGAAGAAAAAACCAGAGAAAGACACAAAGAAGGAGAAGGAGAAAGAGAAGGAGAAAGCCAAGAGCGACAGCAGCAAAGAGGAGGAGAAAAAAGGGAAGAAGGAGAAAGACAAGAAGAAAGAGCCUGAAGCUGCUGAAAUCAAAAAAGACAAGAGUGACGACAGUCCUGGAACCCCCAAGAAGAAGAAAGAGGCGAAGAAGAAGUUUAAACUGGAGCCUCAUGAUGAUCAGCUGUUUGUGGAUGGAAACGAGGUUUAUGUGUGGAUUUACGAUCCUGUCCAUUUCAAGACAUUUGCCAUGGGACUGAUCCUCGUCAUUGCAGUGAUCGCAGCCACACUGUUCCCACUGUGGCCUGCAGAAAUGCGUGUUGGGGUCUACUAUCUAAGUGUCGCAGCAGGCUGCUUUGUGGCCAGUAUAUUGCUUCUAGCUGUCGCUCGCUGCAUCCUCUUCCUUAUCAUCUGGUUGGUGACCGGUGGGCGCCAUCACUUCUGGUUCCUCCCCAACCUGACGGCAGACGUGGGAUUCAUCGACUCGUUCCGGCCGCUCUACACACACGAGUACAAAGGGCCGCGGGCCAGUAGCAGGAAAGGCUCCGACAAGACGGACGACAAGACGGACGACAAGGACGGCACCGCGUCCGCCAAGGCUCAGAAAUCAGACAGCGACGACAAAUCAGACGCAGAGAAGAAGGACGGGGACGAGGACGAAGAGGAGGAGGAGGAAGAGGAGGAGGAGAGCAAAGGGGCAGGACAAGAGGAGAGCAAAGAAGCAGAGAUGGAGGAAACGGGGACGGGCCGCCAGUCGGACACGGACAGUGACCGGCGUGAGGACGAAGGCUCGCAGCACAGCAACGGGAACGACUUUGAGAUGAUCACCAGAGAAGAGCUGGAGCAGCACACAGAGGGGGAGGAGGAGGAGGAGGAGGAGGAGGAAGAGGAAGAAGACGAGAAAGAAGACAACAACAAGGAGACACAACAGAGGGAAGAAGACGGUGGGAAUGAGACUAAAGGCCAGACUGCUGAAACAUAAACUUCUAACAGUCCCAUCACUCUCUACUUUUCUGUCUCUGUCUCAGUACCUCCCUCCCUCCUGUGAUCCAGGACCCGUCUGGUUCCGGUCUCUCAUUUGAGAGUCUUCAUCUCUUCUUGUUGGGAUUCCACCAAAUGGUACCAACAGACCAGAGACCAGGGUAGACACAACAUUGAAAAGUCAAUGGCCACAAACAAAGGCAGAAAAUAUUCAACAACUGAAACUUUCAAAAAAAGAAGAAAAAAAAAAAGGAGAAAGGAGAUGACAGAAGAAGCCUUAUCACGGAUUUGAUUCCUCGCACUUAAACAUGAUUUAUGCUCAAAUAAAAACUGCCACCGGACAUGUUUGCCUGAGGAAGUUGUCAACAACAACAAAAAACCAUCACACCAACAACUUUGUCAUUUCAACUCCAAAUAUUUUAUUUAUGCCCCAUCUCUACAUUUAAUCUGACAUGUUUCCAAUCCAGAAGUGAGAGCUGUGGUGCUGAACAGUAAGAGAAGACAUGUGCUGCCACUUUUCACUGUCCUUGCUUUUUUUUCAUUGUUUUCAUUACCAUCUUUGAGCUCUGUGUCACUGAUGCAAUCACAUCCUGUUUGAUAGCUUUCUCAGGCGGCAGCAAGCUGACCCAUGCACGCGUCAGCUUUGAAACAAAGCCGGGUGGGUGGACCAAAUCCUAUAGUUUACUAUGAAAAUGAGAAAAAAAAAAAUCAACCAUAUUGUUCCUGGAUAGAGUAUAUGUGACAGAUCAGAGUAGCACGGCUCUUUGAGGUACUAACUUUCAUUGUUUUGGUUUUUAAAUGAAUGGUUCAUAAUCCCAGUCUGAAAUAUGUCUCGUUCAUGUUUAACAAUGAUAAUAAUAAUAAUAUGGGACUUGUGUCUCAGAGUAAAUGUGAGCGACUGGGUCACAGCUGACACACGUCAUUUUCUUUUUUAAAAAAAAGAAAAAGAUUACGGCAUUUUAAGAAGAUAAUUCAUGAACAGAGACGCAGAAAACGAGUGCCAAACACUAACUGCACAUACAGUGAUGGAUGUGAUGCAUGCUGAUUUAACAGGGAGGGAGUGCAGCGUCAAACUCAACUUUGACAGCAGCAGGUUGUUUGUGUGUAGGUUAAAAAAACAAAGAUUAUUGGUCUCAAUGAAACCGUUGGUGUUCACAUCUAAACCCGUAAAAAAAAAAAGCUGUUAUUGUGUGAAAAUAGUGGCCGUUGUUCCCUUCCUCGUGGCUCCAAGCUGUUUCUUCACAUCUUCCUCUGGCUAGAAAGUGUUUUCUUCUGUAGUCAUAGUGAGGAUUAUAUUUAA